AUGAGAACAACGCUACAUUCACUAUUCAUCAUCAUUUUACUCGUCAUACAACUUUUCACGCAAAAUUCAUCAUUAGCAUUAGAAAUAGACAUAUCUAUCACAGAUACGAGUGAUUUGAAUGAGAGGGUAAUUCAAUCAACGACUUACCGAGACAAUACAAUUUUAUUAAGGUUAGCCAGAGACGUAAAUUAUAAUCCAAAUACAGGAUUAAUUUGUUCGGCAAAUGAAAUCGACUUGAAAUUGAUUCACCGAAAUGGGACAAUCAGAAAUCUGACAAUCGGCAGUCAUGAUCCUCCUCUUAGUAUUCUUGCAGAGAACUUUUGCAUACCAUUGUCAAUAACAACCACACCUUCAACGCACUCGAGCCCGUUCAUCACUCCACCCCCGUUCUCUGCCAUUGGGGACGAAGGAAGUACCGUAACUUUACCAACAUCAUCGUUAAUUAGCGAAGGUGGUAUAAUAUUGGAUGGGAUAAGGAUAUAUGCAUUACAACAAAAUUAUAUUUUAUUAACAUACUUUUGUAGAUUAGAGAUAGUAGAUGGGGCAAGCAUAUCGGAAAUAUGCGGAAUGUUAAUUAAUUGGAACAAUGAAGUUAUGAAUGUGAUCAAUUUUGGGCAAACGUGUUCGGAUAGCGAUAUCGUGGUACGAAACGAAGGGGGGGAAUUUUUAAGAGCGUGUUUUCUGUCGGAUCAAAAACAAGUGAUAUGGACGAGAUAUACGAUUAAUGAGGAAAAGAUAGUCGUGCAAGAUUCCGGCACGAUAAUAAAUGUUAGUCAAUUUUCACCAAACUUGACAGAAAUCUUUCCAACCGAAAAUGGUGGUUACGGAAUCGUAACCGCUCAAUACACGGGAGAGGUCGACUCGUUGUUCUUACCUCCCUGGACACUUUUCCUUCAGUUCAUCUCACCUUCCAGAUCAAAUGGCGUCGUUAAUCAAGCUAGUUCCAUAAGUAGUGCCUUUCAAAUAUAUAAACAAAUGACCGAAAGUCUUACAUCUUUAGAUAUUCAUAAAUGUGGUAUCGCAUAUCAGGGAUAUGGGUACAAUUGUAUAAUAUACAUGGCUAGAGCGACCGGAUUUUCCGGUGGUGUAUUUGUUAGUAUUGAUUUUUUAGAUUCCGGUGGCGUUUUAAAUACUACCGAAUUUAGAAUUACUCCCGUCGGAAUUUUCCCUAAUGUUAUCAGAAUCGAAUCAUUAUAUUAUGGGGGAUAUUUAAUAUUAAUUCAAAAUGCUAACGUGGAAGGGUUAAUUUAUAGUAAUAACGGUACCGUGAUGAGUGAUGGUUGGCGUAUGCGAUCAUCAAUUGUUACCGGUGAUGGUGUCGUGAUCCCAUUGAAUUAUACCAGUAACGUUGGAGUGUUCACCAAUAAUACGUUUUGGUGUGUCGCGAACAGUGAUGAUGGAGUGAAAUUUAUUACAAAUGAUCUAUUGACCAACAUCUCAACCAUUUCUGAUCCUAAUCUGUUAGAUUAUGGAAAUCAUUUUGUUGAAUCAACUUCUCCUAAAAUUAACGAUGUGAUUCCAAGGGAUAUUACUAGCAUCUCAAUUACUUUUACUAAUUUGGUUGAAUUAUCAACCGGUAAUGUGAGCAUAUGGCAAACCUCAAAUCAUGAUGAUAGUAGUCUGGAUACCCUAAGACAAUCUUUCCCCGCUACUCAAUCUCAAUUUAUUCGUUUUGAUGGGAGGAGAACCGUUAAUAUAACGGUAUUUAACUCCACCUUUAAUACUCCUGAUGCGAGUUAUUAUGUUAAAGUUGAUAAUGGUUUUGUGAAAGAUUUGCGUGUCAGUCAAAAUUUACCUGGCGUUCGAGAAAAUCUCUGGACGUUUAAAACUGGUAUAGGCGAACGAGAGUUUUUUUCAGGAUCGGUGAAAGCAAUCGUACGAUUGACACCGGAAGGAACGAAAUUUUACGAGACAUUGUCGUCACCAAAAAGGAACGAAUUUUCGAAGCAAAUUUCUGUUCAAUUAUCAAGAACGAUACCAUGCGAUCCACCACGAUUGAUUACAUUAGAAAAUUCUCAAUAUGAUCCAACCACGCAAUUUAAACAAUUGUUGCUUCGCGUUAAUGUUAAACCACAGAAUAAUGAUGGUUUGCAAGGGGUGGAUAAUAGUCUUAGUAGUUUAAGGAUCAUAAACGAUUUAAACGUUUUAAUUACAAAUAAAGAUUUCACCAAUAUUGGUAGAGGGAAUUUAUCUAGCAUGUUAGACAAUCGAUACGGAAGUAAAAUCAUUCCCGAUUUAUGGAUCAAAUAUCGAUGGAUCUUGAUAGGAAUAUCUGUUGCCGUUGAUUUAGGAUUAGAUAUUGCAUUUAUAUUAAGGCACGGAAAGGAUUUGAAAUGGUUAUACCCCGUAAGCGUUAUAUUUUUGGUAUUUCCAAUAUUGAUAAAUACAAUUUCUACAUUUAUGAUAAUAACAAGAGAAACAGGAAAAGAGAAAGACUUUUUAAAUUGGUGGAGAGAUAAUUCAAAAACUGCAUUAGUGUUUACAUUAUUUUCCGGUAUUGAUGUUGAAGCAUUAAACAUUGUUAAUUCUGAAUGUGGUGGUAUCAAUGAAUUAAGUGCUCCUUUGGCAGAUAUAACCAUCGAAAAAGUUUUAAUUGUUAAUGGGGUCGUUUUAUUUUUUGAAGAUAUUCCUCAAUUAAUAGUAUAUAUUAUGUAUCAAAGCAUGACUGUGAUACCAGCGAUAAUUCCAAUAUUGGCAUUAUCAUCAUGUUGCGUGGUAUUAACACUCAAGUCAAUAGGACUAAUGUAUUUUUGUACAUUAUAUCACAAAGCUCCACCAUCAUCAUAUAAACCUGAUAAUAAAGGGAAGCAAAAAGAAUCGGACUUUUAUUCACCAGGACCAUAUUCGUCAGAAUUAUCAAUUGAUACAUCAGAAUUACCGCAACAAUUAUUUACAAAUAGCAGGGAAGGAGAUAUGACACCUGAGGAUUUACACAUUCUUACAACCGAUUCCGGUAAAACUAAGGUUUACAUAAGGCAUCCGGAUGAAUUCAAAGAUUUGGAUUUAAAAACGGUUAAAGAAAGUACCGUGGGGGAAGGUCUAGCAAGCAUAGAACCUGGUGAAGGAGGAAGGAUAUCUGAUAUUGGUAUCAUUGAAUCUACCGAAGGUCCAGCAAUAGGCAGUAGUUCUAAGCGAGGAUCUAUUGGUGGUAAAGAAUAUAAAGAUAUUCAACCAACCGAAAUCGAAUUAUCAGAAGAAAUUAAACCUUCUGAAAAAAAAGUAGUUCCUAUUGAUUCAGCUUAUCGAUCAAAAUUGAUUGAACAAUUUGAUAUAGAUCCUGAAGAUAUUAAAUCUGGUAAAAUAACCAUAUCUUCAAGGAUUCCUUCUCAAGCACAAACACGAGUUGAGCAACCAGAACCACAAACUUCAACUUCAAGAAGGAUUGUUAGUAAUAUUAGUAGAGUAUUGGGUGGUAGUAAAAAAGGAAAGGGUGGUCAGGAUAGUAAAAAAGGUAAAUCUAAAGAUGAUAAUAAGGAUCGAAAAAAGGAUGAAAAUGAUUAA